AUGUUUGUGGUUAGUGGAGUUAGGGUAAGUCGAAAUGAGAAAUUUUGGAUUUUUUUUUUGUUUGGGAGUGCCACGUCAUAACUAGGUUUUGUCAAAGUUUAAUCAGAUAUAGAAAAAAAUUAAUUAAAUUUCCGGAAAUUUUCUUUCUCAUUUUCGUUCUGAAAAUUUUUUUAAAAUUUUGACACGUGGAUUUUAUCGCCAACUUUUUAGUUUCUCAAAAUGUACUUUUUCCGGACUCCAAAAAACCACAUUUUUUCUCAGAAUUUUUUUUUCAAAAAAAAAUUCCAAACACCAACGAUCAAGUAGAAUUAGCUCAAGUAUGUGCAUUUUUUGGCGCCAAAAAAUUUUCAAACAAAAUUUUUUCGCGAUCUGUAAAAAUGUGUGUAACUCAAUUCUUUGAGCAGGUCAGUUUUUCGUUUUUUUUUUCGAAAAAAAAACUAACAUGAGCAAUUAGUUCGAGGAGCGUUUUACUUAAUUGGAGCAAACUUUUUUGCUGCUUCUCUCUUUUUCCCCCAGAAGACUUUUUUUUUUAUUCUGAAGAAAAUUGAGGAUUUUAAUUUAUUCCUAAACGCUUAGCUCAAGCCUUAAAAAUGAGGAAAAACAAGUUUUAUGGGUUUUUUCUGGUAGAGAUGGAAUUUUUUUGGAAAAUUUUGAGAUGAUCUUUUAUCUCUCUAUUUUUUUGGAACAAAAAUGUCAAUCAAUUUUUUUGUGACGUGAGAUUUCGGAGAAAUUGAUAUAAAGAGCCGUUUUUUUCUGUGAUCCUGGAAAUUGUUUUGAUGGAUUUUUAAAAGAGUUAUUUUGUUUCUCGCGAAAAUUUGGAAUUUAAGAUUUUUUUGGCCAAAAAACCCUUCAAACUUUCCCCAUUUUUCAAAAUCCUAUUUUCAACCUUAAAAAAUAGGUUUUCAAAAAAAAAACCAAUUUUCCGUUCCUUUUUGUCGUCAAAAAAUGAAAGCCUGCGGUUCUCAUCUGGCUGUAAUUAUUCAAUGAGCUGGAAAAAACAAAAAGUUUUUUUGAGGUUUUGGGUUAUUUUUCCAACUAGAAAAUCCACGUUUUUUUUGUGAGCAGAGCAAAGAGCUCAAAAAUUAGUUCCAAGUGAACUUUUUUCGCCGCGCCAAAAUUUGAUUUAAAAGUUUUUUUCGGAACUUUGCUUUGAAUAGUCUAGUUAUUUCUGGCAACAAAAAAUUUUUAUUUUUUUUUGGAGAAGGUUUCUGAUUGUGAAUAAAAAUCCACGUGUCAAAUGUUUUCUAAUUUUUCUCAAUACUCGCUAAAAAAACAUAAAUAAAAAGUAUAUGUCUGUAAUUGGAUCUAGUGAAGAAGCUUUUAGGGGUCCUACUUGAGAAGUAGCUAUUUCUGUGAAUAAUUUGUGAGAAAACGCCAUAUUUUAUUUUUUUUUCGUUGCUGGGACCCUCUGAUAAAAGAUAUGUUUUUCUCUAAAUCUCUUUCUCUUUCAAGCAAAAAAAAGAAAGUUUCGGUCUCGUUUUUCCGGCUCUUUACACAUCAAUGUGUAUUUUGUUGUUUUAUUAUUAUUUUUAUUUCAUUGACAUUUUGUUCUCCAAAAAAAUGCCCAGAUUUCAUUAUUAAACUAUUCCAGAUUUUUUGUCAGAUAUAAUAUAUAAAUAGAUGAAAAUGAGAAAGGUAUAAAAUAAUAUAGAUAUAUAUAUAGGCUAACUCACAUUUUUUGCACCAUUUUUAUUAUUCAUAACACUUUUUGAGUUGUUUCGCUACAUUUUUGCUCCAGGAUCAAACAAAAACGGGUGUGUUUUGAUAUUUUUAAGCCACGCCCAUUUUUCUGCGCCGCAAGAAACUCUUGUAAUUUUCUAAUAGUACCGCAUGGUUUUGUGGGCGUGGUCUAAAUUUGAUUUUUUGUUCUAUUGCUCAGCUCAAGAGCUGCAAUUCGAAACCCCGAAGCCACGCCCACUUUUCCGCGCCGCAUCCAAAAAAAAUCCGCACAGACUAACCCAACAAUUUUUCACACAACAAUUUUUUAUUCAUAUGAAUCGGCCAUUUCAUUUUUUUUCAUUUUCAGAAUAGCAGCAAAUCUCGCAAAAGCAGUGGUGGAGAAAAUAAUAAUAACAACAAUAAUCAAAAAUCUAUGACGGCCGAGGAUCUUCUCGAUGGAUACGAUGAGGUUUGUGAAAGGUUUCUAAAAAAAAUCCACGUGGCAAAAUGAUAUCUGAAAAUUCAGAAUCCCACUGUAAAUUCAAAUUUCUUUUGAAAAAUCCACGUGAAAAAAUACUCCCACAUGAUCUGGAACAUUUUUUUCUCUGUUUCGCUGAAAAAUUCUUAUCAAAUCGCAAUAUUUCUUCUCAGCCCCGAAAGAAAUUCCUGAACACUAUAAAAGCUUCAUCAAAAUUGUUGUUUUUGGAAAACAAUUUUUCAUUUUUUUUUUUGAGAAAAAAUUUUCUGAUGAACUGGAACUGGUCUUUUUUGUGUUGUAUUGUUGUUGUUGUUGUUUUUUCUCUGCUGUUUUGUUUUGUUUUUUUUUUCGGAAAAAAAUAAUGAAUUUCGGGCGAUGAAGAAUGUAAAAUUAGUGUUCAUAUUAAUCAGAAAAGCAAAUAAUUUUUGGGAGAAAGAUAUUUUUGAAGAAAAAAGUUCCGGGAAGUUUUUUUGCCAGGGAAAAUUAGUGAACCUUGAAAUUUCAUGUUCGAAAAUUUGGAUUUGAAUUUUAUACCACAUUUUUUUCGAAGCAAAAUUUUCGCACUCAUUUCAACAUUUGAAAGUUCACCUAAAAUUAAUUUUUAUACAGAGAACUUGAAAAAUUUCAAAAUUUACGACUUGAAAAUUUUUGAACAAUUUGAAUAAAAAAAGUUUUCUGAAAAAUUCAGAAAAUUCGAAAACGUGACCCAUUUUUUCUUUUCAUUUUUUUGCAACAAAAAAAAAGUCAUCAAAAAAUAUUUUUUCAAUCAUUUCUGAAUUUCAACAAAGUAACAAUGAUUUUGCCAGUUUCAGUCGAGAAAAAAGUUGGUUUGAAUAAAAUAACAUUUUUUCUUCCUUUUGAAGAGAAAAGGGUAUAAAAUCAAAGGAAAAAUGAAAAGAUUCUCAUAAUUUGAAUAUUUUUCUUCCCGUUCGUCCUGAUUUUCACAAUUGAUGAAAAAUUAGAAUAAAAUCAAUUGUUCCUUUUUGCCUCCCGCUAAAAUCUAGAUUUGCAGGAACUCGGCGUGGGCGGAGCUCAGGAGCGAGAUUGGAAAGGAAUCGGCACCGCACUGUUUGUUAUUGUCAUGAUUUGUCUGCUGAUUUUUGUGGCACUUGUGCUAUUUACGCCGUGUGAGUUUUUUUGAAUUUCAAAACAUUUUAGCGCGAAAAAUCGAUGUGGGUUUCUGAAUUCAAAAUUGAUUUUCAAGAUCUAAAUCUAAAAAAAAUAGACAAAAAGUUCGCGUUUUCAGUGACUGGCAGCAAAGCCCUCUCACCCAAAAAACUAUCACCAUCGGAUUUCGGUCUCCUCCGCUUCCCAUUCAACGAGAUCGAAAUCAACUCCAAAGGCGAGAUCACAACCCAAACCUACGAGGGAAUUGAGGUCCUCGAAAAUCAUACACAUCGACUGAUUUUUGCUCGCGAAAAUCUUGCCGAUCUCAUUCCUUCCAGCGAUGACAAAUGGAUUUUGAUACGCGAAAAAUCGGAGAAUCCCGGAUUGAAUCCGGAAAAUGUGACGUAUCGUGUGAAGAUUCAAAACGUUGAGACAACGUUCAGCUAUCCGAUUGGUGUUCAGAAAGAGGAUAGUUCGAUUCAGGCGAUUCAAAUGAAUACAAAGAAGGGGCAAAAUGAUUUGGUGAGGAUUUUGGGGGAGGUUUUGGCGCUAAAAUUAAGCAAGAAAUUUGCAGUAAUAAAUUCCAAUCAAAAAUCUCAUACAGUCGAUAAAAUUUUUGAUAAUUUUGUGAUAAUUUUAGUAAAACCGUCAGAUAAAUCAUAACUGCAUUCAAAUAACACCCAAAAAAUAUCAGAAAUUUGUGAAACGUAUUUUUCCAGGCGUUUGUUGAACAUGACAAACUCUACUAUCUAUCUUCUCCCGAAUCAUCAAGUGCGAUUCGAGUCGAUCUGGAAAACGAUCAUCUAGUUCAAGGGAUUUUUGAUUGGGUAUACACUGAAGAGAUUUUCGGAUCAAAUGUGGCACUUUGGUGGUCGAAAAAUGGCAAUUAUCUAGCUUUUGCCUCCUAUGAUAAUCAUAUGACACGAAAUGUUAGCUUAAAAUCGUACAACAAGGAGAAUAACUAUCCAAUUACCACGUUUUUGGCGUAUCCAAAGACUUUUGAGAAGAAUUUGCCGAAAUAUACAUUGUCGAUUUGGGAUAAGAGUUCGGAAUUGGUGAAGCAUUUGGAUUUGCAGCUGAAGGAUAGCUUGUGAGUUUUUGUUUGCUUGAGAUUUGAGAUCAGAUGAUGUUUUUUCAGAGAUUAUCACUAUUUGUAUGCUGUCAAAUGGCUCGAACAAAAUGGUGAACAAGUUUUAGUCGCCGUAUUUUCUAACCGAAUCCAAAAUAAAAUCUCAAUAACCCUUUGCGAUUUUCAAUCAUCAACUUGUCGCCUCAAAUUCGAAUACAAAUAUAAAGAGCAAAGAUGGGCGGUGCAUGAUGAUUUUGAGGGAAUGGUCAUUCAUAACAAUCGACUUUAUUUCAUUUUGCCACAUGAUUUGAAAGGAAAUGCUUAUCAACAUAUUGCUAGUAUUGAUUUGACGGCGACGAAUCCACGGGUUGAUUUUGAGAAUUUGGAUGAGUUUGAUGUGAGUAAAAUUGUCGAUUUUAAUGAGCAACGAGGAGAGAUGUGAGUUUUACAAAAACAGUCCUCAAUCAACUCCAAAGCAAACUUAUCAGAUCUUUCACCGCCGCUGCUCCAACACCACGCCAAAUUCACACCUUCAUUCUCCAACUUGGCACCAAAUCCACACCGAAAUGCGUCAGUUGUAAAAUAGAGAGUUGCUCAAGAACCGCCACCAAAUUGUCAGCCGAUUUCCGAAGCGCUAAAGUGAUGUGUAAAGGACCGGGAGCGACUAAAAUUGUGACGAUUUCGAGGGGAAAUGAUGAGUGGGAAAGUUGUGAGUUUUUGGAAAAGUGCAUAUGAAUUUUGAAUAAUUCGAAAAUUUGAAGUAGUAAUUUUGACAUGUGGAUAUUGAUUUUCAUUUGACUGUCAACUUUAAAAACUAUAUUUUUUUUACUCAACAUGGUCUCGUAGCGAACAUCCGUGCUCCCUUAAUGGCCUUAAGGCCUUUUUUUCGGUAAAAAUAUUUGAAACAGCUUUUUCCAACGUUCCGAAUUUUUAGUUGCAGUUCUUUCGAAAAAAAAAACUUCUAAUGUUAAAUUUUUCAAUCCCAUUUUCAAUUUUCUGCCUUUUCCUUAUCUUUCUCUAUCUUCUCAUAUAUGAUGUUCUCAAUGAAAAUCGUGAAAUUUCCUGAUUACUCGAAAAAAAACCGAAUUGAAAAAAAUAAACGAGAGAGUGUUGUGUCUAGAAGAGACGAAGAGAUAAAGAGAGAGAAUGAGAGAUAGAAAUACGCAAGAGAGACGCCAGACAACACGAAAGUUUGUGAAUUUUUUCAAACCUCAAAAACAUUUUUUGUUUUUUCACAAAAAAUGCUAAAAUCCUUCAUACUUAACCAAAUUUAACAAUCUUUGCAGCAAAGAAUAGCAAAUUUAGGAGAAUAGAGAUUGCAAAAAGAAAAACCUAGAAAACUUUUCUCCAAACACCAAAAAAACAUGAUUUUUGGUUUUUCGCUCAUAUUUUGCAAUUAGAUGUUGAAUUUUACAAUUCUAUUCUUUAUUUCUGUCUUUGCCUUGUCUUUCUCUAUUUUUUCAUAUUUUAUGUUCUCGUUGAAAAUCGUGAAAUUUCGUGAUUACUCGAAAAAAAACCGAAUGUUGUACAUCAGAGUACCGCAACGAAACAUUUUUGUGAAACAGUUUCACUUGGUUUCAGCAGAACAUUUUACAAAAUUUCAUUUUUUUUACUUUCUAUCUGAGUCACUUUUUGUUUUUUCAACGAGUGUCACGAUUAAAAAUGAUCAGACAAUGAAAAAGAUCGAAUUAGAAAAAUAUUAAAAACGUGACACGGUGCAGGUGUGACGUGUUUUCGAUGCAAAACAUUUUCAAAAAAUGAAAUGCUUCACGUGUUUUUUCAUAACACAUUUAAUUUCUCGAAAUGUGUCACACCAAAAAAGAGUGACACAAAAAAAUGUUUCACGUUUUGAAAAAAUUAAUUGUGUGACACAUUAAAAUGUGUCACACAAUUUUUGUAUGACACAUUCAAUUUUUAAAAAUGUUUCAUUGGUUUUCAACGAAACAAAUCUGAUCAGCUGUUUUGUUUCGCCACAUUUUACCAUUUUCUCUAUUAGAGAAUUUGAUAGAAAAAGCGACCUGGAAGGGAAUUUGAACACAUUUUGAAAGGAUUAGUUUGUGAAGAUAUUAUUUCACUUUUGAGAACUUAUGAAAUGGACCCGAAAAGUCGGACCAAGUCAGAUUUUUUGAAAAAAAACUGACAAGGAAACCUUUCGGAACCGCCAAAAAAUUGAUAAUUUUAUCCAGAAACCUACAGUCAUCCACAAAAUUAGCCUCACCGCCAAAAUUUUCAAAAAUUCGGAAAUUUGAUUUUUUCUGAAAAAGUUGGUAUAGCCAAAAUGUGUCAAAAGGUGAUACAUAAAUUUACCCUACUUCAAAUUUCAGAUGAAAAUGAGGCUGAAAUGAAAACUUGAUUUUUUUUUUGAAAAAUAUUUUUAUUUUCCACAUAAAAUCAAAUUUCCUAAUUUUUGAAAAAAUUGGCGGUGAGGCUAAGAUUUUGUGGAGAACUUUAGGUUUCUGGAAAAACAAACCUCACCCAAGAACCUGGAGCAGUGGCUGGAAAAUUGCCCACCUGGGUUCAUUUUUCAAAAUUACCCACCUAGUGAAAAUGUUUCUCCCGACUGAGGCUGGCCUUGAAAGCCCUUAGAUUUUUUGUCCACUUACAAGGUUAGGUUUUCCGAGAAAAAAAUUGCCCACCUGGAAUAUCAGGUAUUGGGUGAGGUUUGCUGGAUAAAAUUAUCAAUUUUUUGGCGGUUUCGAAAGGUUUCCUUGUCAGUUUUUUUUUCAAAAAAUCUGACUUGGUCCGACUUUUCGGGUCCAUUUCAUAAGUUCUCAAAAGUGAAAUAAUAUCUUCACAAACUAAUCCUUUCAAAAUGUGUUCAAAUUCCCUUCCAGGUCGCUUUUUCUAUCAAAUUCUCUAAUAGAGAAAAUGGUAAAAUGUGGCGAAACAAAACAGCUGAUCAGAUUUGUUUCGUUGAAAACCAAUGAAACAUUUUUAAAAAUUGAAUGUGUCAUACAAAAAUUGUGUGACACAUUUUAAUGUGUCACACAAUUAAUUUUUUCAAAACGUGAAACAUUUUUUUGUGUCACUCUUUUUUGGUGUGACACAUUUCGAGAAAUUAAAUGUGUUAUGAAAAAACACGUGAAGCAUUUCAUUUUUUGAAAAUGUUUUGCAUCGAAAACACGUCACACCUGCACCGUGUCACGUUUUUAAUAUUUUUCUAAUUCGAUCUUUUUCAUUGUCUGAUCAUUUUUUAUUUGUGAAGUGUUGUGAAUUUUUUUUGAGUGGUGCUAUUUUUGUUUCGAAAUUCAUUAAAAUCAGUGACACUUAUAAGAAAGUUCAGUUUCAUGUUUCGCCUUGUUUCGAAACAAAACAAAAUCUUGCGGUACUCUGUUGUACAUAUUAUUUCAUUAUUUUUGCCAUCCACAUAUUUUCCAGACGUCGAAACAUAUCGCGAUGAAGAAUACGAAAAACGCUACAAUGAAUCCGGAAUGCCAACAAAUAUCUUCGGAUCUGUGGACCUUGAAAAUGGUUUCGAAGGAUUGUAUAAAUUGUCGCUUCCACAAUCGGCCAAACACGAACGAGUCAAACUUCCAGUUCUGGUUUAUGUCUACGCGGGGCCGAAUGAUCAAAAAGUAAUGGAAACCAAUAAUUUUGGAUUUGAAGAAAUGAUUUCGAUCAAUCAACAAGUUGCAUUAUUGAGAAUUGAUGGAAGAGGAACUGGAGGACGCGGUUGGAAAUAUCGAUCACCGAUUUAUGGAGAACUUGGCAAAUUUGAGGUUGAAGAUCAGAUUGCAGUCAUCGAAAAGGUUUUGGAGCAACAUCAUCAACUAGACUCUACUCGAGUUGCUGUUAGUGGAUGGAGUUAUGGUGGUUUUAUGUCGUUGGCGAUGGUUGAAGAGGCGAAGGAGGAGUUUUUCAAGUGUGCGAUUUCGGUGGCGCCGGUAACGAAUUUCAAGUUUUAUGGUGAGUUAUUUUUGGAGUAUCACAAAAAAAUCCAAAAUUUUUUCAGAUGCAACAUACACUGAAAGAUAUAUGGGAAAUAGCACAAUGAAAUGCUACACGGAUGUCACGAAAAAUCUGGACAACUUCAAAAAAACUCGACUCCUAUUAAUGCACGGCCUUUUGGAUGAUAAUGUGCAUUUCCAGAAUAGUGCAGUGUUGAUCGAGGAAUUGCAAACGAAAGGAAUCGAUUUCGAUUUGAUGGUUUAUCCGAAUGAACAACACUCGAUAGCCGGAAAAUCACCGUAUGUUGGAAUGAAAAUGUCGAAGUUUAUUGAGAAAUGUUUUGCGGUUUAA